AUGUCCAAGAAGGAUGUGGCGAGUUUCUGGAUCGUACUGCUCCUGUGCCAAGAGCUACAGACCGACCCGAUCGCAGAGAUGGGACCAUCCUCCAGCAUCCUGAUUCAAGAGACACCAGAGUUCAUCUUGACAGAGAAGAGGAUCCUGACCCGACGUGUGUUCGUCAGCUUGGACCCCAAGAUUUCCAUGGAGAAGGCAUACAACAUUUCAUCGAUGCAGCUUCCUGAGUUACAGACUUGGUACCAGAUGCACCUCCAAAGAGCACAGGACCGUGUGCGAAACAUCUUGGAGCAAGCCCGGAAACCAUUUGUAUCCAGUUCUAUUCCGAUGAGCAACCGACCCAAAAGGUUCCUCACCGCUAUAAUUGUUGCAUUAUUGUGCCACUGUCGGUGCAGUUGUCGCAAAUGGAAUGUCUGCAGCCAACUCUAUUACUGUCCAAAAGCUGGAUAUGGAAAUCUAUGCGCUAAAGCAACACAUUAA